AUGUCACCUUUCCUUCUCGGUCCCGAAAUAAUUGGUGAAGAUGUUUUCAAAUUACCUAUCUCUAAUAACGACCUUAUACUCGAACAGAAGACCAAUGACACAUUAUCGUCACCUUCUGUGGUAAAUGAGGUCUCCUUUGAUAUCUUGUCAAAGAAACUGGUUGGUCAAGCUCUCCAGGCCCACAUUGACUCGGUCGACUUGGAUACUUGUCCUCCAGGAGGCGAGGACUCGUUCUUUGUAGCCGACUUGGGUCGUGUUUACCACCAGUACAAGCGCUGGGUCGCCAAUCUCCCUCGCAUUGAGCCCUUUUAUGCUGUCAAGUGUAACAAUGACCCCCAGGUCUUGAAACUCAUGGUUGCUAUGGGUCUUGGCUUUGAUUGCGCCUCUAAAAAUGAAAUUGACAUGAUGCUGGCUCAAGGAGUUGAUCCUGCUCGCAUUGUUUAUGCCCACCCUUGUAAGGCUGCUUCCUAUAUUCGUCAUGCUAAAACUGUGGGUGUCGAGCACAUGACUUUUGAUAAUGCUGAUGAGUUGCGCAAGUGUAAGAAGGCUUUCCCUAACUGCAAACUUUUGUUGCGCAUUGCCACUGAUGACUCUAAGUCUUUGUGUCAAUUCAGUAUUAAGUAUGGCGCAUCUAUGGAGGCUGCUCAUGACUUGCUUGAUUUGGCUAAAAAGCUCCAGCUUGAUGUCGUUGGCGUUUCUUUCCACGUUGGCUCUGGUGCUUCUGAUCCCUCAGCCUUUGUCGGAGCUGUUCAAAAUGCUCGCACCUUGUUUGACUAUGCCGAGUCUAUUGGCAUGCCUCCCAUGUCUAUUUUGGAUGUUGGUGGUGGCUUUGUUCAUGAGACUUUUGAGCAAACUGCUGUGGUCUUGGGUUCCUGCAUUGAUGAGAUUUUCCCUCGCGAUGCUUCUACUCCUGUCCGCGUUAUUGCAGAACCUGGCCGUUACUUUGUUUCUUCGGCCUUUACUCUUGCCGUUAAUGUGGUUGGUCGCCGCGUUACCAUGAAGGAUGAGGUUGAGCGCCUCAUGCUUUAUAUCAAUGAUGGCGUUUACGCCAAUAUGAAUUCCAUUAUUUUUGAUCACCAGGAACCCGUGCCUAAGAUUUUGUCCAAGGCCAAGAUUUUUAUGUACUCUGAGGUUUCUGAUUACGAUAAUGAUGAUGCUUCAUCGGCUUGCACCUCGUGCCAAUCCACCUCGGAAUGCACCUCGGACUGCUCAUCUGUGGUGUCCUCUUCCUCUUUGUCAGUUUCUUCUGCUGACGAGGUUGAGGUUUCCAUUUGGGGUCCAACUUGCGAUGGAAUUGAUGUCAUUACCAAGUCGAGCUUUUUGCCUGUCUCUGUUGACAUUGGUGACUGGCUUUACUUUACUGACUUUGGUGCCUACACUUUGAGUGCUGCUGGCACCUUUAACGGCUUUAAUACUGACUGUCAUGUCGAGUAUAUCUACUCUGAGCCUAUUGUUAAAAAGUACCUUGGUAUUUAA